UCUACUAACACACUUAUUGUUUUGUUACAUAUCAAUAUACAUACCAUAGCUAACGAUUUUCCACAUUUUGAACAAUUCAAACAUCUAUUUUAAUAAUUAUUUACCACCCCACACUUUAUCAAUAAACUACAACCGUGACAUCUUCUGUACAAUAGCGCAGGCGGCUCUAAUGUGUUUAAAUUCUUCAGCAACGAAAUUACGUUGUCAAUUAGUCUUGACAUUUGCACUACCAAUGGAACACAGCUUAACCUCACAUUUCUUGACAAUUAUCUGUCCGUUGGGUUUGGAUUUUAAGAGCAGCGCGCCGCAGUCGAUUGAAUUUCGCCGUAGGGCAGCGUCGUCGUUUGUCGUUGUUUUUUAUCUUCUGCAUUGUGCGCUGUUCGCUUCUUUGGAAUUUUGCGGAUACGGCGAUUUAAAUCAAAUUUUCCUAUUAGUUUUUUAAAAUGUGUGAUAUGUUUUAAAAAUGCGAAUUGUGUUUGUCAAAAAAAUAUUUGAAAAUAUACUAAAACGACACGUUAGAAAAGUAAAUAAAAAGGUGUAGAAAAUUUGUGUAAAAGAAAACUGUUGAUUUACUAAUAGCACUACUGACGUGAGAACAAAAGUCCUAAAUAAUUUGCGCGCCCUUAAAGCCCUGCGCCCAGUAGCAGAAAUGGCAAAUUAGAAAUAUUUUGAAAAGUGAUUUCUUGCAAUUUUCGAUGCUAGUAUUUUGUGAAAUAUAUGGAAUCAAAUUGUUGCAUCAAAAUAAAAAUUGAUUACUCAAAGCGCCAGGUGUUUGUUGGCGGCGUAUUUCAUUAACGCUACGGAAAUAUCCUGCGAUCCGUCGGCCAACAUCUGCCCUGCCCUGCCCUGGUGGUGGUGGUGGUGUGUAUUUAUGUACUUAUAUACGAAUGUGUGAUGAACGCUACAGUGCAGUGUUUUAAAAAAAUUACGAUUUAUGAGAUUUAUUUAAAAUUAUUGAGUGCGUGUUUGCAACUUUUAGAUUUGUAAUAAUAACCCAGUUUCUCUGCGAGAAGUCUACACAGCAACAAAUCAUCAUAAGAUAACUGAACGUUUGCAAAAUAAAUUUAUAAACACAAAAUGGAAACGAUAGACGAACAAUCAAAAAGUGAAAUGUCCAUUUCACCUUCGCCUUCACCGGAUAAUUUGCGGAUUUGCCUUGUUGGCGAUAUUAUCAAUGAUGAAGAAACAGUAGAGGCGGCUCGUUCUUUUAAUGUUCCUGUCAUCACCUCAGAGAAUGGCUUGGACGCUCUCAAUGAUUUUGAAUGGCGUACCUUCUUUGUAUUGAAGGAUUUUGAGGGACCCAUUUACGAUGCGAUACAUAAAAAUAAGCAAUGCAUUUGGGGUCCACCUGCCUUGAAGCAUGCUGCCGAGUCGAAGGAUGGACUCAUACGCAAUGCGCGACCCGUUUACAAUUAUUCAAUGCGCGGCGUGGUGACGUGUUUCACCGGCAUACGCAAGAAGGAUGAGUUGACGCGGCUCGUCAAUCUGAUACAUUCGAUGGGUGGUUGCAUACGCAAAGACAUGAAUUCCAAGAUCACACAUUUAAUUUGCAGUCACAGUGGUGGUGAUAAGUAUCAAUACGCAAAAACAUUUCGCUUGACCGUCGUACGACCGGCCUGGGUUUAUGCCGCUUGGGAGCGACGCGAUGAGCUGCAAUUUCGUGCAACGACCGAUGAUUUUUCGCGUGAGCAUAAACUGAAAGCAUUUGAAGGUCAGAAAAUUUGUUUCUUCGGCUUUCCAACCGAUGAGCAUCAGCAUAUGGUGGAUGUGUUGCUCAGUAAUGGGGGCGUGCCAGCUGAGUUGGAUGAUCCCGAGUGUUCGCAUGUCGUCAUGCCAAAUACUGGUGGCUAUUUUCUCGAAACAAUAACUAACACUUGCAAUUCACCUAAACCUCAACCCGUAACUAACCUACUCCUUAAUCCCAAACCAUCAACUCCGAAAUUUCUAACCAAAACUAAUGCCACUAACAUAAAGGACAUCACGGAAGUAAAUAGUGAGAUACCCGAUGUAAUUGAAACACAAAAUAAGACUGAAGAAAAGACUUCAAAUGUAACUGAGACUGAAGUGGCACCGAUUGCAAAUACCGCUCUUCAAAUGGAUGUAGAUAAUGAGGAAUUGGAGGCUGGGAAAAUAAAUGAGGUGAAUGAGAAAGACAACAAGCUCGAUGAACCUGGCCAGCAAGUCGACAAUUAUGAAGAUAAUGAAGAUGAUAACGACGAUGACGAUGGCGAUUACUUUGAUGAACGUUUGGUGGUUGAUUAUGAUCGAAAUAUGGCGCUGCAAAAUGGCUCGCCACUACCUGAGGGCGUUGAUAUAGAUAUAGAUCCGGAUGAUGUUGUUGUAAGCGUUACGCAGCAUGUUGAUAGCACGCCACAAAAACAGACACACUUGACACUGCAGAUACCCAAAUUCGAUAUUAACGCAAAUACGAGUGGUGAAGAAGCACAGGGUGAUAGUGUCAAGCCGUUAACAACAGACGAGAUCAAUGAAAAUGCCAGCACACCAAUAAAAAUAACAAAUCUUAACGAACGUAAUGAAAGCACCACUGAUGGCACGGUGCUCACUAAAGAGUUGGCCAAGGAUUUUCAUAAUCCAAACAACAUUUCACCAAUAUUAAAUAUAGCACCAGAGACCGACCGCAUGACAGAGGAUGUAAGAGCUACUCCAACGCUGCAAACGCCAGAUUUCGAUGUAAUUGUCACUACUAACGCUGCAACCGAAAACGCGACACCAGCGCCAAUGGAAACAGAUGCAGAUCCAGUCGAUUUGAAUGCCGUUGAUGAUGAUCUCGCAGAAGAAUUUGGCGAUUUAAAUGAUUUGAAGCGUAAACGCGAGAGUUUCGACAGCAUUUCACUUAUGUCCGUAGAAUCGUUUGCCCUGCCGAACAGCACAAAAAAACCAAAACUUCUACGCACCGGUUCCAUAACACGUUCCAUACGUAGAUCUAUGAGUUUCGUUGCUGUACGCACACCCAUUUCGAAAAUGUUACGACCACGACGCAGCUCCGUAGCGUUGGAUGGCGCACCAAACGAUGAGGAAGGCUGCACUGCAGACGAAUCUUUCUGUUCGAUUGCCUCCAUAGAGUCAACAUUCAAUGAAUCGAUACGAAAGCCGGUUAAAGAGAAAUUUCGUAGCUUAAGAAAUCGCAUCACACGCAGCAGCAGUAAAAAGGAUAAACAUAAUACACAAUCCACAACACCUGAAAAAGAUGAGGCGAAAUGCGAACGUGAGUUGCCAAGUAGUGGUUUUAAAACACCAAAAGCGCCAGCAAAAUUCUUAAGCGCCGCAGCAAGAGCAAUUGGCACGCCCAAAUCGCUGACAAAACAUGCACUGCUCUUAGCGCCAACGCCAUCGCCGUCGUCAACAGUUGCGCACAAGCAUAUUGAGGACAGUGCUGUUGCAUCCCCUUACAUACAGUCCGCUACCACUUCAAAGCCUCGUUCCUCAUCGCCCGCACCUACAAAGCAAUUGCAAAUUGAAGCAGUAGUAAUGCUGCAACAGAAUGUACAAUCACCAGCUGCUUGCGUUGCACAUAAUCAGUCUGCGUCGAAGCAGAAAACGGCGCUUUGUAAACGCGAUCAUUUGCAAAAUGAUGUUCUUGGACCCUCAACAAUGGUUGUCGAUGAACACACCACUCAAACUAAGCCCGAACCCAAAAAUCACCGUACACAUAUACUCAAGUCCGAUUGGUUUUGGUAUACUAUACAAAAUGGCUACGCGGACGAGAUGGAUUACCUAUUUGGCGAUUAUUUGGACAGUAUUGCGAAUACGCCCAAUACGGAUCGCCGUGAUUCGCUGCCCAUCAGUUUUAAUAAACGUAAACGGAAACGUUUCUCACAGCGCAUACAGUUCGAGGGUACACCAAUUGGUUCGGGUAAACGGCGUUCAUCUGUGUCUGAUGCCGGUUUACUCUCAGUCUCGGGCUCAUUCUUUGACUGCACUACCAGCCCCGACAAGUUAGAGACUGGCAAGUUGCAUAAUGAAGUGCAUAUUGAAACGCCGGCAGUGUGUGAGACAACGCCGGCGAAAAAGUCGAUGCGUUUCAAUCACUUUAUGGACUUCUUUAGCACCGAGUCCAAUUAUGUGGGCAUAUUGGACACGAUAGUGAAGCUCUUUAAGAAUCCACUCGAAGAAAUCGCCGAAACCAAUGAUGCUUUACUCAAUAAAUCUGAAAUCAAAUCAAUUUUCAAUAAUUUUCUACCCAUUCAUGAAGUGCAUCAGAGUAUGUUAGAGAGUUUACGUGCGAUACAGAGUAAAUGGUCGGAGGAUUGUUUAAUAGGCGAUAUAAUACUUCAACAUCGUGAUGAAUUAACAAAAGCGUAUCCACCUUAUGUGAACUUUUUCGAACAGAUGAAGGAAACGCUUCAACAAUGUGAUAGUCAAAAUCCACGCUUUCAUGCAUUUUUGAAAAUCAAUCAAACAAAGCCCGAAUGCGGUCGACAGAGCCUCCAAGAUCUUAUGAUACGUCCCGUACAGAGACUGCCAAGCAUUAGUUUGCUGUUGAAUGACAUUUUGAAACAUACAAACAAAAAUAAUCCAGAUUAUGUCAAAUUGGAAUUGGCACUGAAAUCCAUCAAGGAGGUGAUGAUGCAUAUAAACGAGGAUAAGCGGAAGACGGAGUCGCGCAUGGCGAUAUUCGAUAUCUUCAAUGAUAUUGAGGGCUGUCCGCCACAUCUUGUAUCCUCGAAUCGUAGUUUUAUUUCCAAGUGUGAAGUAACAGAAUUGUCUGAUAAUUUGAGUGGUCGUGGCGAUUCUCUCAUGUUGUAUUUAUUCUCCGAUACAAUUGAGGUGUGCAAGAAACGUUCGCGUGCCUUUAAUACAGCAAAAUCGCCAAGUUCUACAAAAUCACACAAACAUGUAAAGUUAAUAUCAUUGAAUGCGAUACGUUUUGUCAUUGACAUCACCGAUAGUCCGCGCGCUUUUGCUUUGCUUUGUCGUCAAGACAAGGAGAAAUUAUAUUCAUUCACCAUUGCCGAUGAUGAAACCGAUAAAGUGGUGUAUCUGAAAUUGUUAUGUAAGCAAAUGGCUGAAAAUGCUUGCCGUACGGACACGGUAAGCGCAUUACUGAGUCGCACCUCACAGGAGUUGGAAGUGGAUAUCAGUGAUGUGAAUUUGAGUACAUUAUCGAAGGCGUUUAAGUUGGCGGCGCGUACGCGUCAAAAGGUGGGCCGUGCAUUUUCAUUCAACAAAACUCCCUCGAAAUUGAAGCGAGCUGUUUCGACAAUGAUGACACCACCUUUUGGCAGCACCAACUCUUUAACGCCCGCCUCACAGUUGGCGCAAAUGCGUUUGGCGAGUUGUGCUAAUAUACAUGAAGCGGUUGAUGAGGAGGGUAACCGUAGUAGUUCACCAUCAACACAAUCGGAAAUUCUGCUGCCACCACUCUCCGUACAACCGAUGCGCAAAAAUAAGUCUUCAACGCUGGGUGUUGUUGGGCGUCUUUAAAUACUUUUAACUUAACGCAACUGUUGAGCGGUAAAAAUAAAUAAAAAUCAGUCGAAUUUCUGUGUAACAAAAACGCUGUCGCGUUGAAGGAAUCUGGCGUACGAUAGCCGACGUUCGUUGUACGUUAAUCUCGGUUGAACGCAUCAUCGCUUAAGUAUAUCCUUAACGCUGCUACUUCGAUAUAUAUGUACAUACGCCAUAUUCGCUCCUGAACACUCGCUCUUACUGCCCUGUGUGUGUGUGUUUGUGGCUGUCAGUGCGUUUUUUAGCAAACUCCAACAGAAACUUAUUGUAAUGCAAAUAUUGUUGCAAUAGUAACUAAAUAUGUAACGUUGUAAACUAUCGUCAGCUGCGUACAUAAGGUGUUACAUUAAUAUUUUGAAUGCCAUGUGAUGUUUCUUUUGUCAUGUGUCAUGGGUGGCACCCUGCCCUUUCGAAUGUGUUUUUUUUUAAACAAAAAACAAAAAAAUCUAAAAAAUAAUCUGUUUAAUAUGCUCAUUUUGGUACUAUGACAUUGUGUGUGAUUUACAAAAAAAAAAAAAAAAAAAAUAAAAAUAAAACGGACAUUAAAAUUUAAAUUAUUUUAUAAGAAUUGUGUCACAUUUCAUGUGGGGAAUGUGUCGCACAUCCGCGUUAAAUAUACAUAUAUGUAAAUGUAAGAUUUUCACCUGAAAUUAACUUUAGCUCUUAAUGGCUUAUGUAAGUAAUUAUCUUUCGUGUUCGACAUUGUAAAUAUAUAUAGAUGUGUACAUACGUAAAAUAAUAUCGUGUUCGAUUUUAUAAUUUUUUUUUUUAAGUUUUACGCACAGGAACCCUCCAACAGCUUAGUUUAACAACUUACAUCUACAUACAUUAAUUAUUCUAUAUACAUAUAUAAUUACGAUAUAUAUAAAUAUAUACAAUAUUGUACUGUACUAUAAUGUGCUAGAGCUUAAUUGCUAAAUUAUUCAAUUUCUUAAGUUUAAAUGUUGUAAAAAUAUUUACAUUUUCGUCGCUCUUUACUUUUGUGUGAGUAAAAAAAAUGUCAAUAAUGCGAAACAAAAGGAAAGAAAUCAUGUAAUGCAAUGGAUCAAGAGAUUUAUCUUAAUAAUAUAUAUAAUACAUAAUUAUUAAUUAUAGUGACUAUGUUAAUGCAUAUAUAUGCAGAUGAAUGAAUGAAUAAUUUCGCUUUACGAGUAUGAUUCACUAUUUGUCUAAGCUUACAUUAUUUACCCAAUGCAGAAUGAUAUCUUAAAAGCCUAAUAUAUUUUACAAUAAAAUAUAACUAUCUAUUGUAGUUAAGAGAAAAA